GUAACUAAAAUUCUCACGUGAAAAAUCUUACAUAAAAACUUCUCUGACAAGUACAAUUCAUCCCACAAAGUUGCUUAAACGAAGUAAAUGUAGCGUUACUGCCUACUUUUGCCUGUGAUUACUUUUAGAGCGUGGGUGAGUACAAGACGAUGUUCUUAAUAUCGUUUAUUUUGCGAUUCGGAGUCCGACUGACUGAUUUCCGCCAUGGUGACGAAGCAGGACAGGUAAGCCGACACCGGCCGCCAUAUUGGGAAGUACAGGAAGUCAACGCGAGAGAGCGAGCGAAGGGGGAAGGCGGAACAGACAAAACAGAGAGAGAGAGGGGGCGGCAGAUAGACUACAAUAGUGACAGGCGAGUGUUACAUGUGAGAUCUCGGAAAGGAGGAAAAGGGCGUCCUCAAUUCCGUUUCUCAUGUCCGUCCGUCCCGAGGAAGGGGCGGACUCGGCGCCACUCCACACCCGCGGAUAGGUAGCAUUCCCUCGGCUCAAGAGCUCCGUGGCGGGUCGGCGUCAUCCGGCAAGUGACGCGUAACUAGCUUCACAUUUUGCCGAAAGGCCAAAGGAAGGCGAAAGAAAAGAAGCGAGGGCGGUUGUACUGCAGGUCCCGGCACACGGAAGGGGAAGUGAAAUCGGGAGGGAGAGUACCGGGGCAAGUCGAGGCAGAGGAAGGACAAGAUGCCGCUGGCUCAGCUGGCAGAUCCCUGGCAGAAGAUGCCGCUGGGGGGCACGACGGGGGAGGAUGCGCCGAACGACCUGGACGACUCGGUGGGCGAGGACGACGGCGUGUCGCUCUGCAACGAUGACGUGCCCAUCAAGGAGAUUAGCAUCACUCACCACGUGAAGGAAGGAUGCGAGAAGGCCGACCCUCGGCAGUUCGAGCUGCGCAAAGUCCUGGGACAAGGCUCCUUUGGCAAGGUGUUCCUGGUGAGGAAGGUGACGGGCCCUGACGCCGGCCAACUGUAUGCCAUGAAAGUUCUCAAGAAAGCGACACUAAAAGUGCGCGACCGGGUCAGGACAAAGAUGGAGAGAGACAUCCUGGUGGAAGUCAAUCAUCCCUUCAUCGUCAAACUGCACUACGCCUUCCAGACGGAGGGGAAGCUCUACCUGAUCCUGGACUUCCUGAGAGGGGGAGACCUCUUCACCAGGCUUUCCAAAGAGGUGAUGUUCACAGAGGAGGAUGUGAAAUUCUACCUGGCAGAACUGGCGCUGGCUCUCGAUCACCUUCACGGCCUCGGCAUCAUCUACAGGGACCUGAAGCCCGAGAACAUCCUGCUGGAUGAGGACGGACACAUCAAGCUGACAGACUUUGGCCUGAGCAAAGAGUCCAUCGACCACGAGAACAAGGCGUACUCGUUCUGCGGGACGGUGGAGUAUAUGGCCCCGGAGGUGGUCAACCGGCGGGGGCACACGCACAGUGCCGACUGGUGGUCUUACGGCGUUCUGAUGUUUGAGAUGCUGACGGGCACUCUGCCGUUCCAAGGCAAAGACCGCAAAGAGACCAUGACCAUGAUCCUCAAGGCCAAGCUGGGAAUGCCGCAGUUUUUAAGUUCCGAAGCCCAGAGUCUUCUCAGGAACCUUUUUAAGCGCAACCCGUCCAACCGAUUAGGCGCCGGUCCCGACGGUGUGGAGGAGAUCAAGAGGCAUCAGUUCUUCAGCACCAUCGACUGGAAUGUGCGUUUUUGCGCCUUCACGUUUUUCCGUCCAUGUUGUGACUCAUCCAUUCACCGGAUGCUUCCUUGACGCAUCAAGUCCGGGGCGGGCAAACUAAUGAGUGCGUUUGCGUGCGUUGAUGUGUCAGACUCUCCGGGAGUGCCGCCCAGCGCCAAUGCCCAUCAGCUCUUCCGAGGAUUCAGUUUUGUGGCAAUAACAGAAGAGGAAACGCAGCCGAUGCCAAACGCCAUCGUUCAGCAGCUCCACAGAAGCACGUCUCAGUUUUGCGACGCGUACGAUGUCAAAGAGGACAUCGGCGUGGGCUCCUACUCCAUCUGCAAGCGCUGCGUGCACAAGGGCACCGGCAUGGACUACGCCGUCAAGAUCAUCAACAAAGCCAAGCGGGACCCCACGGAGGAGGUGGAAAUCCUCCUCAGAUACGGCCAGCACCCCAAUAUCAUCACACUCAAAGACGUGUACGACGACGGCCGCUCCGUCUUCCUGGUGACGGAGCUGAUGAAGGGCGGAGAGCUACUGGACAAGAUCCUACGCCAGAAGUUUUUCUCCGAGCGAGAGGCCAGCGCCGUUCUCUUCACCAUCGCCAAAACGCUGGAGUACCUUCACGUGCAGGGGGUGGUGCACCGAGACCUGAAGCCCAGCAACAUCCUCUACGUGGACGAGAGCGGCAACGCCGAAUCCAUCAGGAUCUGCGACUUUGGCUUCGCCAAGCAGCUAAGGGCGGAGAACGGCCUGCUCAUGACACCGUGCUACACCGCCAACUUUGUUGCUCCCGAGGUUCUAAAGAAGCAGGGUUACGACGCAGCCUGUGACAUCUGGAGUCUUGGAGUGCUUCUGUACACCAUGCUAACAGGCUUCACUCCGUUUGCUAACGGCCCAGAGGACACGCCAGAGGAGAUUUUGGCCCGAAUCGGCAGCGGGAAGUUCUCGCUGACCGGAGGAUACUGGAACUCGGUGUCUUCUGAGGCCAAGGACCUGGUGUCAAAGAUGCUGCACGUGGACCCCCACCAGCGGCUAACGGCCGGUCAGGUCCUGCGGCACCCGUGGGUCACGCACCGAGACCAGUUGCCCAAAUACACGCUCAACAGACAGGACGCGCCGCAUCUCGUCAAGGGAGCAAUGGCGGCCACGUACUCGGCCCUGAAUAGAAACGUCCCGCCGGUUCUGGAGCCGGUGGGCUGCUCCACUUUGGCGCAGCGGAGGGGUGUGAAAAAGCUCACUUCCACCGCUCUGUGACGUCCAGCAUCCCAACCUCCCUCACCUCCCAUCAACUCUGACCUCUAGCUGACCCUUGGACAGACUACUGAUGGAAUCCAGGAAGCGCCGAUGCCCCAAAAAAGGAGCACACAGAGGCCGCCGCCCUCUUGCACACUCAACGGACUCUUCCGAUUGGACGGCUGGCGACGUUCUUCCCGGCAUCAACUUCUGUGGAUUUUUGCUUUGGACAAUCAGAACAGGAAGCGAGCGCGUGUGUACAUAAAGCUCAGCCCUGGGAAACACGAUCAUUACACAGAAGCAUUUCAAGACGUAAGAUGCUUUGAUUUUAACUUCCCUGUCUCGUCACGGUGACGUAAACUUCAGUGAUUGGUCGCAUCCCAAAGCAGAAUAUAAACAAACGUCUUCUGUCAGUUUUGUCGACUUGGUGACAAACCCUGCAAAUUGUUUGGCCGCGCUGUCUCCGGUCCUCUUUGGAAAGCCGUUUGCGUGUUUAUUCAAUAUCCAGCUGGCGGUACAGGUACUAGUCGGCUCUUUGUCCACUGAAGUGGACAAUUCGUUCCACUAGUAGAAUGACUCACUGGUAGUAUUAGGAGCUAAUCUUUACACUACCAGUAUUUUGGAGAUGAUCACCGAUCAGCAAAUUAAAAAACAAGACAACCGAUUUGCUGAAUAAUCGAUCUCCACUUUUCGCUUCGAUUUGUAGCACCGGCCCGCCCGCGUGUAGCCAAAAUUUGCAUAUAGUUGUUUCCCAGUGAAAUACAUUGCUGAUUUUU